UUUUAGACUCGAAUACACAAAGACGCAAAGAAGCCACUCCAUGUAUUCAGUGACAGUAAGUGUAGGAACAGCUGCCUUGCUGUUUGUUCUCUUGGUGAUGGUCUGCCUUCUUGUAAGGCGGCGAAAUCUACAAAGUAACAAAGAUGUCAAAAGAUGCAUACAGUCUAAAGACACUGUGUCCAAACCUCUGCAUUACCCCUCUCAUCUUUUCCCUCGCUUCCUUACUCCCUCGCUCCCUGGACCUCCCUCUCUUCCCUUCCUGGGAAACAUGUUCGAGCUUAGCCAAGAUCAUUUGCCCUUAUACCUGACAGAACUGGCUCGUCGAUAUGGGAAUAUCUACCGUCUCCGUUGUGGAAGCACCACGAUGGUGAUUCUGAACAGUAGUAAAGUUAUUCGUGAGGCUCUGGUCAAAAAGUGGUCUGACUUUGCAGGAAGGCCGCACUCAUACACGGCUGAUAAAGUGUCAGGUGGGGGCUACUCCAUCUCUCUGGGUGAUUACAGUGAGGAGUGGAAGUCCCACAGGCGCCUGGCCCAUAGUGCUUUGCAGCGUUGUGUUACUGAAUCUCUUCACUGUCUAAUAGAAGAGCAAGCACUAUACCUCAAACAGGUGUUUCUGGACUAUAACAAGAAGCCCAUGGACCUGUCUGAUGACUUCACUGUAGCUACCAGUAACAUCAUCACAAAGCUAGCCUUUGGAAAAUCAUAUGAGAAGAGUUCAGCACAUCUUCAGGAGAUGCAUGACUGUCUGAAUAAGAUCGUGUCUCUGUGGGGUUCGCCAUGGAUCUCAGCUCUGGACUCUUUCCCUCUGCUCAGAAAGUUACCAAAUGUUCCCUUUACUCAUUUAAUGAGAGAGGUGGCUAGAAGAGAUGAGCUCAUUGGAGGCCACUUAGAUGAGUUUAAGCAAAAGAAAGAUAGUAAAGACUUUGCAGCACCACUUCUACAGUACCUUACUUCACCAGAUGGAAAAGUACCCAAGAUGACUCUUACAGACAGUCAUAUACACAUGACUACAGUGGACCUGCUCAUAGGGGGAACAGAGACGACUGCCGCCUGGCUCAGCUGGACCAUUGCCUUUCUCUUACAUAGGCCAGAGGUUCAGAACAGAGUAUAUGAAGAGCUGCAGAACGUGCUGAAGGGUCAGUAUCCUCACUACAGUGACAGACACAGACUGCCUUAUCUGUGUGCUGUGAUUAAUGAGGUGCUGAGAUUGAGACCUGUAGCUCCACUUGCCGUGCCACACAAAGCCAUCAGAGACAGCAGCAUUGCAGGAUAUUUCAUCCCCCAAAACACCAUUGUUAUCCCCAAUUUAUUUGGUGCUCAUCAUGAUCCAGAGGUUUGGCUUGACCCACACAGCUUCAGACCAGAGCGCUUUUUGGAGGGAGAUGGGAGCUGUCUCCGGGCUCUAAUACCUUUCGGAGCGGGUGCUCGGCUAUGCCUCGGGGAGUCUGUAGCUAAAAUGGAGCUGUUCCUCUUCACUGGAUAUCUGCUACGGGACUUUCAGUUUCUUCCAGCCAGCCCUGAGGAGCCACUGCCUGACCUGCGUGGAGUGGCCAGUGUGGUCCUAAAAGCCAAGCCCUACAGAGUUAUAGCCUGUCCUAGAACCUAAUAAAUCACUGUAGUGUGUCUAGUUUGUUUAAGUAUUUGUGAAGCUCAAACUAGCGUAUAAUGUAGGAUAGUAUUUGUUUAGAAUUUAUCGAAUCAUAUCAAAGAAAUGCAUGACAAAGUGAUUUUUCUAACGAAAGCCUUGUUGUUAGUGUUGGAGAAUCUGGUUUGAGUUCAACCUUGUAUUUUCUAUAUUAUUUAUAUAAGUAAACUUUGGAGCUGGUGCAAAAUGGCAGUUUCUACAUUUUGCAAAAACACAUCAAAUGGAUGAAAUGUUUCUCAGCAAUAUGCAAAGAAUAUUUAAAGCUCUAAUGAAGAGCUUUUCUGUACUGUACUUGAAAUUUACUUUUCAAAAAAACUUUCCAUUUUUCAUUUCAUAGAUGUACCAAAGAUGGAAAUAAACUUUUUUGACCCAGAUGUAUUAUAUUACUAUUAUUUAAAACUAUUUUGAAAGAUCUGUUGAAUUUAGUUCAAUUCAAUUUAUACACUUUUAUUAAUGGACAUUGUCACAAAGCAGUUUCACAGAUACCUAGAUACAGAAAAAGAUUUAGAUUGAUUUCAACUGACAAGCCAGAGACAACAGUGGCAAAGAAAGUCUCCCUGACACAACAUGAGGUAGAAACUUUGAAUGAAACUAGGCUCAAAAGGAGUGCUAAGUGUUAGCACAAACUAAGCAGUGCUUAGUGCUUUGAAAAGAUCUUCAGCAUAAGUAUCAAAGUCAUUGUUGAAGCUAUCCUAUGCACUUUAUGUGGCUAGGACAACUUACUCCUUAUUCCUUAGCUCUGUGUUGUUUUUUGUUUCAUAUAGCUCUGUGUUGUCUUAUGUAGCACUCUACUGUUUUAUGUAGCACCAUGAUCCUGGAAAAAACAUUUUUUAAUUUCACUAUGCACUGCAUCAGCUAUAUAUGGUUGGA